GCCCCCUGCCCCUCCGCUGCCUCCCCCCCACGUCGCCCUCGCCACAAUCCACCUCACACGCGUGACCUCCAUCGCUCGCUUGCCAAAUGCCUUAGCUGCGUGUGUUGCCUUCCCAUCACUCUGUGUCUGUGUAUAUAACGGCUCGUCUCGUGUAAAAGCUACUGCUCUAAAUGUGCUUGCUAGGAACGUGACGGUGUUAGCUAGGUAGUUUGUUCGUGUUCGUUCAUGGAGUCGAUAAUGGAGAAGCCGAUGAUGGACACGGGAGGGGGGAUGAUUGAGCGGACCAAGUCGGACCAGCUGGCGCCGCCGCCGCCGCCGUCGUCGGCGCAGUCGCUGAGCAGGACGGCGUCGGCGGAGACGGUGCUGAGCACGGCCGACGUGACGACGACGACGAGCCUGUCGCGCAAGUCCAGCUUCGGGAAGCGCUCGGCGUCCGGCGGCGCCGGCGCCGGUGGGAACAGCCACGGCUACAGCAGCAGCAACAACAACAACAGCCACAUCCGCAAGUCCCGCAGCGCGCAGCUGAAGCUCGAAAUGGAGGACCUCGUCUCCAGCGGCGCCGCCCUCAGCCGCGCCUCCAGCGCCAGCCUCGGCUUCUCCUUCACCUUCACCGGCUUCACCCCUCCUCCCCAGGACACCAUGUCCUCCGCCGAGCUCCAUCCCUUCAGCGACGACGACAACACGAUGGACAUCGAGGCCGGGACGCCGCGCAAGAAGCUGAUGACCGAGCCGACGUUGCCGAUAUAUCUCAAGUUUGCGGAGGUGAAGUACAAGGUGGCGGUGAAGGGUACGCCGAGGGAGAUCCUGAGCGGGAUAUCCGGGUCGGCGGCGCCCGGCGAGGUGCUGGCGCUGAUGGGCCCGUCGGGGAGCGGCAAGACGACGCUGCUCAGCAUCCUCGGCGGGAGGGUCGCCGGCCCCGGCGACGUCGAAGGCUGCGUCUCCUACAACGACGAGCCAUACUGCAAGUCCCUCAACCGCAGGAUUGGAUUUGUGACUCAAGAUGAUGUUCUUUUUACUCAUCUUACUGUAAAGGAGACAUUGACUUAUGCAGCACUGCUUCGUCUCCCAAGAACAAUGACGAGGCAAGAAAAGGAAGAACGAACAAUAGACAUCAUAUAUGAACUUGGCCUUGAAAGGUGCCAGGACACGAUGAUUGGUGGAUCUUUCGUCCGUGGGGUUUCAGGGGGUGAAAGGAAAAGAGUUUGCAUUGGAAAUGAGAUCAUAAUAAAUCCAUCUUUACUCUUUCUCGAUGAACCAACAUCUGGAUUGGAUUCAACUACAGCUCUCAGGAUAAUUCAACUUCUACAUGAUAUAGCUGAGGAUGGGAAGACAGUAAUAACAACAAUCCAUCAACCAUCUAGCAGAUUAUUUCAUAAGUUUGACAAGCUUAUCCUCCUGGGAAGAGGAAGUUUGCUCUAUUUUGGGAAGGCAUCUGAAGCCAUGCCCUACUUUCAGUCCAUUGGGUGCACCCCGCUCAUCGCAAUGAACCCAGCAGAAUUUCUACUGGAUCUCGCCAACGGAAACACUACUGAUGUUUCUGUUCCUUCCGAGUUAGAUGACAAGGUGCACAUGGAAAAUCAAAACCUGCAAACUAAUACCAAGAAUGACUACAAGCCAUCAGCACAAGAUGUUCAUGAGUAUCUUGUAGACGCCUAUGAGAAUCGAGUGGCAUACAAGGCGAAGAAGCAGCUUCUAGAUCCACUUCCAAUCAGUGACGAUAUGAAGACAACUAUAACAUCAUCAAAGCGAGAAUGGGGCACUAGCUGGUGGCAGCAAUAUUCCAUCCUCUUCUGUAGAGGGAUCAAAGAACGGCGACAUGAUUAUUUGAGCUGGAUGAGAAUCACCCAGGUCAUAGCAACAUCAGUUAUCUUAGGUCUACUAUGGUGGCACUCUGAUCCCUCGACACCAAAAGGUCUACAAGAUCAGGCCGGCUUACUGUUUUUCAUAGCUGUGUUUUGGGGUUUCUUUCCUGUGUUUACUGCCAUCUUCACAUUCCCACAAGAAAGGGCAAUGUUGAACAAGGAGCGUGCAGCUGACAUGUACAAGCUCAGUGCAUACUUCUUGGCCAGAACGACAAGUGAUCUGCCACUGGACCUUUUCCUUCCAGUCAUAUUUAUGGUGAUUGUCUACUUCAUGGCAGGCCUCAAAGCAACUGCCGCACAUUUCUUUCUUAGCAUGUUGACCGUCUUCCUCAGCAUCAUUGCUGCUCAGAUACGAACGAAAGAUUUCUUGUUCAGGCUUGGCAAGAAAGGUUGCAAGUUCAAUUUUGUCACUUGCUGGGAUGGUGAGAUCUUCUAUGCGCCUCCAAAUACUUGCAUUAGGAUCUCCUACAAUGGAUUGUUCAACUGAUGCAAGUUUGUUAGCAAGCUUAAGGAUACUACCUGCCAGCUCAUCUUGUUCUUCUUCUUUGUGGCUUGUUUUAUGCUUCAGAGUCUUCUUGGUAGGUGAUUUCACAGAUCUACGCUUAUGCCCUGAAUAAGUGCCAUCAGUAGUAGGACUAUUGCGAGCUAUCGUGUCAGAAUCAUGGCCACCAUCUUCCAAUGCAAAUAUGUAUUCUUCCAACUCCUUGAUGCUACCACUGCCAUCACUAUCACUGCUACCAUUUGCAUUGAACUGGUCAAUUGCUAGUGAACCAUCAGCUUUUGAACAACCAACAAAUAAUUCUUCAAAGAGGUGAAAGAAUUUGAUAGGCUUAGUCAAGUAGUUAUAUUUAGUUGUCUGCCAUGAGAAGAAACAUAGUUAGAAAUAAACAAAUUUAGCACAUUCUUGUAUGAAUUAUAACUCAGAAAUUAUUGCACAAUAAUAUAGCUUACACCAAGUUUGUUUGAAUCCUUCUCAGAUGGGUCAAUGUUAAAUUUGCAUGAUGCUGCAUCAAAACCAUAGCCACUUUUCCCUAAAGCUACACAAAUCCAACUCCAUUUUUCCUUGCAUAGCCUUAAGUGCCUGUGGACUUGGCUUUUGGUGACUCUAAUCCCAAACUUGUCUUUUAAAGCUAUAGCACAUUGCUGGUGGUGUUGUUUCUUCCACUUGAAGGUACUAGGUUUGUCUUUGCGGAGCUCUAUAUACCACUCAAGCAUGAACUGAGUAGCAUCAUCACUCCAACUGAUAUACUUCUCACGAGAGCCACCUUCCUCGCUAGUACCUUCUGUACGCUUUCCCAUACUACAUACAGUGAAAAAAUUAUAAGUUAAUAUUGCAUAUGAACAGAUGAUAGUCAGUUAAUGAAGUAAUAAGAUGAUUGGAAGAAACAUAAAUAUAUUAAUAUGAUAAUGUCUGAUACAAUAGUAUUAAUACAACAUACAAUCCUCACAACUAUUACAAAAUAUAAUAUCAUUAAUAGUCCAUGGGACUAGUAAUUCAUUCACUAGUCAAAACAUCAUGAACAUCCGCAUUGUGUCUGUCAUUCCACAUCUGCUGAGCGAUGUUAUCACGCUUGGCUGCCCACUCACGUACAUCAUCCCCUUGGUCAGAGACACGGUUGCUGCUCCUUGGUAGGCGAGCGUACCACGUCUUCUCAUCGUUGACAAAUUCAUCAGACCCAUUCUCAAGUAUCCAAUUAUGAAGAGCACAACAAGCAAUAACCACCAUUGAUUGGGCUUUCAGUGGUAUGAAUGGCUUAUUCAUAAGAAUCUUGAAACGAUUCUUCAAAGCACCAAAAGCUCGUUCAAUCGUAGUCCGAAGUGAAGAAUGACGAUAGUUGAAAAGCUCUUUAGGGCAUUUUGGGCCUUGAGGUCCAUGUGGCCCUUGAGGGCCACGGAACUCUUUUAGGUGGUACCGAACACGACGAUAAGACGGCAAUAUACCCGGCCUAGCAGCAUACCCAGCAUCAGCCAAAAAGAACUUCCCUACAAACAUGUCAUAGAGCCUAACGUCAACUUAUAGCAAGGCUAAUCAUGAAUUCUUUGAAAUGUUUAAUUACCUUCAAGUAUUUUAAGGCCAUUUGGUCGAGACAGUGCAUCUUGCAACACAAGGGAAUCAUGAGCUGACCCCUCCCAACCUGCUAGGAUAUAUAUGAACCUAAGGUCAAAGUCAACAGCAGCUAAUACAUUCUGUGUGGGGUAUGGUUUGCGGCCUCUAAACCUAUCCACCUUCUUGGCUGGCACACUUGCCCUGAUGUGUGUACCAUCUAGUGCUCCUAUACAGUCCUAUGUACAUAUCAAAGUGAAACAUUAGAGUUAAAAUAAACAAAAUGUAUUGUAA